AUGUUCAUGGAGGAGCUUCGCAAGACGCUGAAGGAUGCUCAUUUGGAGGUGUUGAACGCAACAGGAUGGGGCACGUUGCUGGAUGGACUGGCUGCGUCAUGGAGGGACGGUGGAAGCGACAUGCUGCCGUUUAUCUACAGAAAGGUGAGCGACUUCGUGGCGGCGGUGAACUGGUCUGAGCCUUUCUUUACGUACCUUGCGCUGUUUCACACUCUUGUCAUUGUUUUAGUCUUGGUGCUCACCUGGCGUGCGUCGGCGGAGCGUAUCUUUGUGGUGGCUUUUUUUGUCCUGCUUCUUGGCUGGUGCUCCUCGUACCUCAACGAAUAUGGCCGAUUGCAUGCAGCGGAGAUUUUUGUGGAAAAGGGGGUGAACUAUUUUGACCGCGGUGGGUUGUUUAUCAGCGUGGUGUACUUUUGCCCAAUUUUCCUUGUUGCUCUGCUGUUGCAGGGGCGCAUCCUUCUGCAGAUGUUGAGGCUGAUGGUUGACACGAAGCGAAGACAGUUGCGGAAGGAAAUGGCAGACGCCGCCGCCGCAUCAGCCUCAAAAACAACAGCAACAACAGGAAGAGGGGCCACCGAUGCUGCUGCUGCUGGGAUGACGUCGUUUGACUCGAAGAAGGAGAAGUGA